AUGAUUCUAGUAGCGGCCUCCAUGAUCUUACUUUCAGCUAAUGGGACUCUAUCAGCAGAUAAGCUACGGAUGGGAAAUUUUCUAUCUUUUGGUGAAAUGGAGUACAUCGUUUCGCUCGGGGGGGACGCUCACAGGAACACUACUUCAGUUCCAGUAUCUAGCGAAUACAGAAUCAACAAAGAAAAAAUACCAACAUCACUACCAGACUACCCUUCCUCACUCCUCCUCCUCCUCAUCCCCCUCAUCCUCCCCAUGUCCCCCAGCACCCCACCCAAUACACCACACAUAUUCACACACCAUCUCCACCCGCGCAACCUCUACCGUCUGGCCUUGAAUCAUCUGGCGCAACGGCGGCACUGCGGUUGA